AUGCAGCCUUCAUAUACCUUACUAGCCUCCAAACCCACCAUGGACUCGGGAAUGGAAAUGGAGUCAACUGUCACGCGACCAUACAAAGUCUAUAAGCGACGAUUUUGGGGUCUAGCACAAUUGGUGCUACUCAACAUUGUCGUCAGUUGGGAUUGGCUCACUUUCUCAUCUAUCUCAAGUACUGCAGCGGAGUAUUUUCAAGUUUCAGAAAGUGCUAUCAACUGGAUGAGCACAGGAUACCUAUUUGCUUUUUGUAUUGCCAGUCCAUUCGUCAUUUGGGUAUUAAACAAAGGUGGACCAAAACCAGCCAUUGUCACCACUGCAGCACUCUUGUUUGUCGGUAACUGGCUGCGUUAUGCAGGUACAAGAGCCAAUGGCGGUAUCUUUGGACUCGCCAUGUUUGGCCAGAUCCUGAUCGGGCUUGCGCAACCUUUCUGCUUAUGCGCCCCAACUCGAUACAGCGACCUUUGGUUUUCAGACAAAGGACGUACCAGCGCCACAGCAGUAGCUAGUUUGGCGAAUCCACUGGGUGCGGCACUAGGCCAGUUGAUUGAUUCAGAAUGGACAACCAAGCCAUCGGAUAUCCCGAAUAUGGUUCUAUACAUUGCGGUUAUCGCAACCGUCGCAUCUAUCCCAUCUUUCUUCCUCCCCGCUAAACCCCCAACACCCCCAAGCGCCUCCUCCGCCAUCCCCCGCACCCCACUCCUCGAAGCCACGCGCGAGCUCCUCACAACACUCGAAUUCUGGCUGAUCUUCAUUCCUUUCUCCAUCUACGUUGGGUUCUUCAACAGCGUUUCCUCUCUGUUAAACCAAAUCCUCGAACCACAAGGUUACAGCGAAACUGAAGCCGGAAUCGCAGGCGCAAUACUUAUAGUAGUCGGCUUGGUCGCCGCAGCUAUAAUAUCCCCAAUAACGGAUCGCUAUAAGCAUUAUCUCGGAUCGAUCCGUGUUCUCGUUCCUAUUGUUGUUGUUUCAUACAUAGCUUUGAUUUUUGCGCCCACCAGCUCUGCAGGAAUCGUACCUUCUUAUAUCGUCAUGGCACUUAUCGGUGCUUCUUCGUUUGCGUUACUUCCCGUUGUACUGGAGUAUCUUGUGGAGAUUACGUAUCCGUUUUCACCGGAGAUUGGGAGCACAAUGUGUUGGACAGGAGGUCAAUUAUUCGGGGCUUGUUUUAUUCUUAUUCAGGAUGCGUUGAAGGAUGGGAAGGAUGCGAGUCCUCCGCUUAAUAUGCAUCGAGCCUUGAUCUUCUCGUGUGUGCUUUGUGCGGUUGCGGCGCCGUUUCCAUUAGCUCUUGGUAUGUUUGGAAGGGUUGUGAAGAGAAGGAGAUUGGAGAUCGAUCAAGGAGUUGAGUUGCGAGAAGGGGAGUCUCCGCGUCCUGGUGGGAGUGCGGAGGAUAGUCCCUCGAAACUCAAGUAUGAUGAGGCUCAUAAGGAUCAGGUGGUUGAGCAAGUUGUUUAA